AUGCUUUUCACCAAGGUCGCUAUUGUCGCCGCUGCCGGCUUCGUUGCCGCUGAGCAGGCUGCCCCCCAGGUCACUGCCCGCGCUGUCCUUCCUCGUGACCUCCCCGACGACAUCAAGGACUGGGCCGAGAGCAAGGCUGGCGGUAAGGUCACCGACAUCGAGGAGUGGGCCAAGAGCAACGGCAAUGAGGUCAAGCAGUGGGCUUCCGAGCACGGCGGUGACGCCAAGAGCUGGGUCGAGUCCAACUACAACAGCGCCGGUGACUACGUUGGUACCAAGCUCGAUGCCGCCAGCACUCGCAUUGAGGGUGCCAUCAGCGGAGCUUCCGCCAGCGCCUCUGCUGCUGCCGACGACAACGACAACGCUGCUUCUGCCCUCGGUGGCCAGUCCGGUGCCGUCGCCAUGUUGGCUGCCAUCGGAGCCACCGCCUUCGGCUUCUUCCUCAUCUAA